ACCACCAUUCUUUAAUUAGCUAGCCAGCUCCCCAUUGACCUGCCAUUGGUUUUUAGUCUGUUUCUCAUUUCUAUAUGUUGUUUUUCCAAAAGCUACGAACACUCCAUGUGCAUCGUCUUCCCUAACCCCUUGCUACUUGUUACUGUUCUGCCACUAAAGAAUCUUCUUUUAUCUAUUUUUAGAGAGAGAGAGAGAGGCGUGCACUCUAAUCAUGGACCUUCUUCUGCCACUUCAUCAUGUGCUUCAAUCACCCUCUCCCCACUUCCCCCAUUAUUUUACAAUCUUCACCUUACCUUCGUAAUCAUUUCUUUUAAGGGAAAAAACCUUGUGGAUUGCUAACAUUCAAAUUUCAACAAUGCUAGCUAUACCUCACUUUUCAAACAAAUUCACAUCAAUUCAUUUUUGCGUGUAUAUAUCAUCAUCUGCCUUUCUCCACCUCUUAGUUUGAUUCUUUCAAUUACCAAAAAAAGGAACUAAAUUAAAAUUUGGAAACCUUGCCAAUGAAAAGCAGCCCUGCAGCUUGCGGCCAGCAAUCUUGGUAAAAUCCCUACUGAUAUCUCGUCUUUCCGUUUUGAAACUAUACAUAUUUAUAUGCAAUAUGUCUCAUAUAUUUCUUCUUCUUUUUUUUUUUUUUUUUUUGUUGUUGUUGUCGAAAGGUCCAUCAGCGACGACUCACUAAGAAGAUACGUCCAAUAUGCAAGCGAAAGCUGCAUACAGGAGUUGUUAAUGUCGGCUUCGGUCUCGGUUUCACCAGCUUCAGAGACGGACAAGUUGGGGAAUCGCAGUGAUGGAUGGAAGGUUCUGACCCUUGAAAACGGAGUGGAGAUAUCGAAGCGCAGGUCUGGAUCGCUUCAUAUGUUCCGUAGCCGCUGGGUCCUCAGAUCUGUCUCGCCCCAGCAGUUCAUAACCGUCGCCAACGCCAUAGAUGCUGCCAAGCAAUGGGACAGUGAGCUUGUAGAAGGCAGAUAUAUUAAAGAUCUUGAAGAUAACUUGAGCAUCAUUCGUCUUAGGUUUGGAGACAACUCAAAGCCUUUGUUUAGAAAAAGAGAAUUCAUAGUGUACGAGCGACGUGAGACCAUGGAAGAUGGCACUUUGGUUGUAGCAGUGGCCUCACUGCCCAAGGAAAUUGCUGCAGGUUUGCUUCCACAGCAAAAUAAUGCAAUUAGAGGCUUUUUGCUGCAAUCAGGAUGGGUCGUCGAAAAGCUUGAAGAUAUAAACUCCUGUAUUGUUACUUACGUUGUUCAGUUGGAUCCUGCAGGAUGGCUUCCCAAGUGGUUUGUGAAUCGGCUUAACACCAAGCUAGUUAUGAUCAUUGAAGACCUUAGGAAAUUGGUUCAAACCACUGCACCACAUUGAUCCUAUAGCUAGUGGUGGAAAGAAAGAACAGAGUGCUAUUAUUAUUAUAUAUGAUGCCGAUUAUAUAAUUCCAACUUGCUACUCUGUUAUUAUAUCUCAGUUUUACUUUCUAAUAUACUCAAAUUUAUAUGAUAUGAUGAGACAAAGCGCAUAAUUUAACGAGAAAA